AUGGCAACCCAGACAGCGUUGGCACUCACAAAAAUUGGGCAACCGCUGACCAAAGUCCUGUUGCCCAUACCCGACCAUGCUGAUGGCAAAGAUCUUUUGAUCAAAAUUGCUGCUGUUGGCCUCGCACCAUUGGAUGCCAAACUUCGCGACAGUGGCUACAUGAACAUCGGCAAUCGACUUCCAGCCGUGUUAGGAGGCGACCUAGUCGGCACCAUUCUCAAAGCAGGGCCCGAAGUCUCCAACGACUUCCCUCUUGGUUCGACUGUUUUUGCCCAAUCCAACUUCAAGGACCCCAGAGCUGGUGGCCUUCAAGAAGUUACCACUAUCAGCGGCGAAUAUGCAGCAAUAGUACCACGAAACUUAUCUGCAACCGACGCAGCUUUGUAUCCCAUCAAUGCGAUGACCUCUGCCAACGCAAUAUUUACACCAGCUGGAUUCAAUUUCCCGUUCCCAGGCACACCUGACUCUGAGACCUUCGACUACAAGUCUCAGAAGAUCGUCGUUGUCGGCGGAGGCUCAAACACUGGGAAGCUGGCAAUUCAGCUCGCCCAUAUCGCGGGAAUCGGUACAAUCAUUGCCAUUGCAUCCCGGUUAAACGAGGCUCUUCUCAGGAGCUAUGGCGCGACACAUGUAAUUGAUCGCCAUGACUCGGACGUCGAGAGCCAGGUUCGUGCGGCCGUUGGCGAUGACCUUGUGCAUGUCCUCGAUACAGUCAAUACUACUGAUCGAGGUCUUGCGAUGUCACUGUUGUCGAACACUAAACCAGGACUUCUGAUCACUCUGACUCCUGGACGCAGCAGUGAAGACUUGCAUGCAAAAAAGAAAGUCGGUGUUGAGGAGAGACAAAUCCUUGGCUUCUCUCAUGCCAAUCCUGAAUUCGGCCGAUUGUUUUGGAAGACGUUUCCUCAAUGGCUAGGGUCUGGCAAGAUCAAACCCAUCAAUUAUAACGUCAUUGAAGGCCUAGAUGAGGAUUUGGUCAAUGCCGCUUUAGAUCAAUAUACGAAUGGCAAUGGCGGAGAUCGGUAUCAUGUUAGCAUCUCGGCUACAUAG